UUUGGAGAGGCGUACUUAACCAAGUGAUUUGGAGCGAACAACAAUACUUUUUAAUUGAUAUCAAAGUUAUUAUAUUAAUGGUAUUAAUUGAAGAAACAUCCUGAAAAUGAAAGCAAGCAAUCUAUAUUUUAGUGAUGACAGUAGGCUGAAAUGAGACCUCUUGAGAAAAAGUAGACUUAUUUUUCGCAUUUCAAACUUAUUUUUCUCUUCUUUUUUAUAAGUUUUUAUUUAGAGUCACAGAAUACUGAAUACUAACGGUUUUUGGCUUUAUUCGCACUGAAUAUUGAAAGUAAAAGUUUGGAGACUAUAUAAACUGACUAUAAAUUGGUAACUAUUUAUAAACUAAUUGUUUAAUUUUUAAUUCAAAAAAAUUGGAAGACUUUUAUUCUACAUGACUCAACGCGCGCAAUCCUUUUUGGACAUUCUCCAAAACUGUAUAGAGCAUGGCCCCAAAAGGGAAAAAAGGAAAACUAUCGGAAGGCACAGUGGAUAAAAAUAAGUCUAAAGAUAAAAAUGUUAAAGAUAAAAUGAAAGCCAACCCAGGAGGGAAAGAAGCUAGAGAAAAAGUAGGAAAUAAAGCGGAGCCAGAUACCGCACCUCGUCCUACCGCUAAACAAUUAGUAGGCGGCAGUUCUUGGACCGGUAAAAUUCCUGCUGUACUAUUAAACGAACAUUGUCAAAAGAGCAAAUGGGAAAAACCGGAUAUACAGGUGAAACAAACAAAAUCCAAAAAGUAUCUAUUUGUAUCCGUCCGAUUAUCGAAAAGAGAUCCAAAAAAUGCAUCUGUCUUUGAUCAUGCUAACCUGGUUCCUCCAAAAAUCUUUUACGAAAAAGAAUAUUUUCCUGAGAAGGAGACUCUUGUAGAAGCUAGAAAUGUCGGAGCUGUAUAUGCAUUACACAGGGUUCUGUCACAUAAAUCUUUGCAACAUGCACUUCCCCCAAAUUUUAGAGAUAUAUGGAUAACUUUGGAAAAGCAAAAGAAAGAAGACGUGAAAAACAAUAGACAGUACUAUUACCAAGAGGAUCCUUUUAAGGCUGCGAAAGAGCGAGAAGCAGCGAUUGCCUCAAAUCAGCAACAAUCAACAAAACCUCCUACCCCCAAGCUUCCAAAACCGACGUUCUCUUCUACCGCAGGAACUCGCCUUUCAGAGGUUUCCAAGUAUGAUUUUAAACAUGCUGUCACCCUCAACAUGAGCCUUAAUCAUCGUCAGUCUAUUGAAACCCUCUUACGGUCGUUGAACAUUUGGGAUGCGUAUGAAGAGAAGGGACCGUCUGAGAAACUUGAGAGUCUUAUAGUUAAGGACCUAGUAAGUCUUGGGUUUCGGGAUUUGCAUGCAAAGGAAGCAUGUCAAUACUGCUCAUCUUUAGAGGAGGCGCUGGAAUGGUUAAUUAUACAUGUUCCGGAAGACGACCUGCCAGAAAGGUUUUUGCCUUCGGAUUAUAAUGUUGGCGUACGAGUCCAGAACAAUAAUUCUGAAACACUAGCAAUUCAUUACAAUACAAAGCGCCUUGCAGAGACCGGUUACAAUUAUGAUUUCUCUUUUUCGGUUUUACAAAGAUUCAGAAAUAACUUGGCAUCUGCAGCAGAGUACUUACAAUUUCAUUUGGUUAAUAAGGAAUUUCCUGAUAACCCCGAAUUUUCUAAUGAGUCAUUAUGUUUCUUUAAGGAAGAGGCGGAAGCCUUGCAAUCGAUAUACGAAAAUAAAGUUCUUGUGCAUGAUGACUCUUGUAAAAUAAAGGUUAAUGCACCAUCAGACGAAUUUGGUCAAAUUUAUAUUGAAUUUAAACCGCCAGCUCAUCCUUAUCCUCAAAACAUACCUUUAAUAUUCAUAUCUUCGACCAAAAGAAUGGCGUCGUAUAUAAAGCUAAGUAUAAUAAGAAGACUGAUUCUUUAUGCUCAAAACUAUGUUGGGGAGCCUAUGCUUGACGUAUUAUACGACUAUUUUCAAGAAAACAUUACAAAUUUUUUGAAGAACCUCGAACCUUUAUUAAGUCUUUCUUCGGUUACAAUUGGAACGGAUGUAUCAAAGACUGAAGAUGCUAUAUCCAAUAUGCAGAAGGAUACUCCAAGGCAGAAAUUAUUUAAACGUGACAGUGAAUUGGACAAGAAGAUCUACAAUGAAUGGUUAGAAAGGCAAAAGAAUCCAGAGUUUUUACAAAAAACGAAAGAUAGAGAAGCCCUUCCUGCUUCCAAAUCAAAAGAAACCCUGCUAUCUUACUUACAAAGCUGUCAGUCAAUAAUUAUAAGUGGUGAAACAGGAAGUGGUAAAUCUACUCAAGUAGUUCAAUUUAUUUUGGAUCACUUCCUAUCGGAAGGUCACGGUACUGUUGCUAACGUUGUAUGUACUCAACCCAGAAGAAUUUCAGCAAUGAGUUUAGCUGAACGAGUUUCUUAUGAAAGGACUACUUCUUUGGGGAAGGAAGUUGGUUAUAGUGUACAUGGAGAUAAAUGUCUUUCAAAGGAAACUUUGCUAGAAUUUUGUACAACAGGUUUAUUACUAAGGAGGAUUCAAUUGCAUGGUUUAGCAUAUCUUCGUACUCUAUCAUGCAUUGUUGUUGAUGAAGUCCAUGAAAGAUCCAUAGAGAACGAUAUACUUCUUGCCUUAUUGAAAGCUAUUUUGCCACGCGUUCCCAACCUCAAAAUUGUACUUAUGAGUGCAACGGUUAACGCCGAAAAGUUUAUGUCGUAUUUUCCCAAAUCCAAACAUUUACAUAUCGAAGGUAGAACUUAUCCCGUUGAAGAUUUCUACAUUGAAGAUUUCAGUUUUCUAAAAGAUGAGGACUCAAACGACGAAAUUUCGAAAAGAAAAAACAGCUCGUAUGAAGUUGACUAUAAUCUUAUUUCUCAAGUCGUAAACCAAAUUGAUUCCGAACUAUCCUUGAACAAGGGUAGUAUUUUAAUUUUUCUACCCGGUGUUUCAAACAUCAACCGUUGUAUACAAGAAAUCAAACGAAAUUGUGGAGAUGGAUUUGAAGUACUGCCUCUUCAUGCUUCUUUGAAUACCAUUGAUCAAAGGAAAGUUUUUAGAUCAUACAAGAAAAGGAAGGUCAUUUGUUCAACAAAUGUUGCGGAGACUUCAAUUACAAUUAAUGACGUUGUGGCAGUUAUUGACAGUGGAAGAGUGAAACAAAUAGAUUACGAUCUUAAUCGAGAUUUAGUAACGUUUAAAGAAACGUGGGCAUCUAAGGCUGCUUGCAGACAACGAAGAGGUAGAGCAGGUCGUGUUCAGGCAGGAAAAUGUUACAAGUUAUACACAAGAGGAUUUGAGAAAAAAGGAAUGGUUGAUGAGACUCCACCCGAUGUGCUUCGAACAGCCUUAUCCCAGGUUUGCUUAACCAUCUUACCUUUAGUGAAUCGUUUUAGCAACAAUAAAGAUUCAGACAAGAAAGGAUCUGUUAAGAAAUUUAUGCAAUGUCUUUUGGAUCCUCCUACUGACCAGGCUGUUGAUACUGCCAUAGAUAAGCUAAUCCAGGUUGGUGCUUUGACUGAAAAUGAAGAACUCACAGGACUGGGAGAAUACUUGGUUGCUUUACCCGUAGAUUUAAAGCUAGGCAAACUUUUAGUUUUAAGCUCUAUAUUCGGGUUUAUAGAACCUGCUCUGAGCAUUUCAGCAGUAUUAUCCUCGAAAUCUCCAUUUUUGCAUGAUGAUGAUACUAGAACAUUGAGAUCCGAGUUGAGCGGUGGAUGGGGUGAUGUCCUAACAGAUGCUAAAGUAUAUGACCAGUGGCAUGAAAUCGUGAUAUGUAGCGGUAUGAAGACAGCUACUGAAUGGUGCCGGGAUAAUCACAUAUCUGUUGUUAGUAUGCAACAAAUUAGACAAAACAGGUCAGAAUUAAGUGAUGCUAUUCAAAUGCUGAAACUCGUAAUCGACUUGAAGCAUAUCCAUUUUUCAUGGAAUUCUAGCGAAGAUUUAGCGCUUCUUUCGGCCAUAAUUGCCGGUGCGCUCAGACCAAAUAUUGUAAAAUGUGCUUACCCAGACAAAAAAUACGUGUCUUCCUCUUCUGGGUCUAUCGAGGUCGAUCAAGAAGCUCGAUUGACAAAGUUCUUCGAUAAACACAAAAAUAGAUUGUUUAUUCACCCAAAUAGCGUAAUGUUUACUAACUCACCAAACCCAUCGAAAGCUACAUUUAUAGCUUAUGAGCGAAAGGUGGAAACCACCAAACCAUUUUUGCAAAAUUGCACUCCUAUAAAUACAUUUGGGAUGGCUCUUCUUGGAACAAACGAUAUUAUAGUGGAUCCUUUAGGAAAGGGCUUGGUCCUUGAUAAUGCCUUUACUGUGAAAGCUUGGCCAAAGGUUGUCAUUUUACUGAAAUUGCUUAGACGUUAUUUGGACUUCGCUUUGCAUCUAAGAUUAGAGUCUAACCAAAAGGUGUACUACGAAGAUGAUAUUCGUAGAUGCAUACAGUCAUUGAUCGCUAGCAAUGGUACUUGAGAACGGUCGUUACGGAUUCUGAAAGAAAAUGUUAAUUUUUUGGUGAAAACUAUUUCUCUUCUAUUAUUGGCAUAUGAAAUCGUAUAUGUAAGAAUUAUAUGUAAAUGUAGGAAGAAGCUGUUUAAGUCAUAAAAACGUUAUUACC